CAAUGGUUUGUAUUGGUCAUUGGUCACUCAAACAUUGAGAAAUCAUCUCCCUAUACUCUAUAUAAUGUUAAAUGGACUUUCCAGAGACAUGAAGAGAGUAGAAGCUAAGUGACUCCAUUAAACAUAAUAUUUUCUAUAUAUUCAUAAGGAAGAGCAAAUUAAAGCAAUAAGUACUCAAUGGCGAAAAAGGCAAAGUCUGUGCUUUUCUCUUCCUCUUCUCCUAAAUCACUCCUUUCUUCUCUUUCUACAUUCACUUCUCUCCCUGCUUCUCCUCUCAAUCAGACUUCUUCUCAGUCGAUGAUGGAGGAAACCGUGGAAGCCGCGGAAUCAAUCAUCAAGAAAUGGGAUCCCAAUUCACCCUCCUACACAAAGAUCAUCUCUCUGUUUAGUCACAGCAGAAAAGAAGCCAAAGAAUUCAUCAGAUGCGUCCGUGACUUACGCAGAGCCAUGCACUUUCUUGUCUCUCAACACUCUCAAUCUUCCAAGCUUGUUCUUGCACAGAAACUGAUGCAGAUCGGUAUGUCCAGGCUCGAAAAAGAGUUCUUCCAGAUACUGUCUUCUAACCGAGACCAGCUUGACCCUGAAUCAGUCUCUGGUCAAUCCUCCAUUUCAAGCAAUUCAGAAUUCGACGAUGUUAUGCAGUCUGAUGAUGAUGAAGACGAAGAUGAUGAGCUGAAGAAGGCUGGGGAAUCGAUCACUCAGGUUGAAAAAGCCUCGGCUCUGGUGAUGUCAGACUUAAAGGUCAUAGCAGAGACUAUGAUCAGCUGUGGUUAUGGCAAAGAAUGCAUAAAGAGCUAUAAACUGAUCAGAAAGUCGAUUGUUGAUGAAGGGCUACACUUACUUGGGAUCGAGAAGUGCAAGAUCUCCCGGUUUAACAGAACGGACUGGGGCGUGCUCGAGCCUAUGAUCAAGAACUGGAUCAAAGCUGCAAAGAUUGGAGUCACAACACUCUUCCGUGGAGAGAAACUUCUCUGUGACCACGUCUUCUCUGCUUCGAGUACCAUAAGAGAGUCUUGCUUCUACGAGAUAGCGAACGAGGCAGGAAUCAAUCUUUUCAGGUUGCCUGAGCUCGUAGCCAACAAGGAGAGAAAACCACCACCCGAGAGGAUCUUCAAGCUCAUGGAUCUUUAUACAGCAAUCUCUGACCUUUGGCCAGAGAUAGAACUGAUAUUCCACUUUGAUUCAGUAGCUGCUGUGAAAACUCUGGCGCUCUCAUCGCUCAAGAAACUCAAGGGCUCAAUUCACACGUGUCUCACGGAAUUUGAGUCGACGAUACAAAAGGAUUCUUCGAAAGCAGUUGUUGCUGGAGGAGGGAUCCACAAGCUGACUCGAACAACGAUGAGUUUCAUAUCAUCACUUUCUGAAUACAGCUCUGUGUUGUCAGAGAUUCUUGCAGAGCAUCCUCUCAAGAGAAACACCCGUUUGUUAGAAUCUUACUUCACGGCUCCAAUCUUGGAAGAUGAACACAACAACCACGUAAUCUCGGUCCAUCUAGCUUGGCUCAUCUUGGUUUUCCUCUGCAAACUAGACAUCAAAGCAGAGAGUUACGGAGAUGUUUCCCUCUCUUACCUCUUCCUUGUCAACAACAUUCAGUUCGUGGUUGACACUGUCCGUUCAUCUCAUCUCAAGAACCUCCUCGGAGACGAUUGGCUAAUAAAACACGACGCAAAACUCAGAAGCUACGCUGCAAACUACGAGACAGCAGCGUGGGCCAAUGUGUUCUUAUCUUUACCAGAGAAAACCAACGUCACGCUAUCACCAGAGGAGGCCAAAACACGUUUCAAGAGAUUUCACGCCGCAUUCGAAGAAGCGUACAUGAAACAGUCAUCGUGUGUUAUAACAGACGUGAAGCUUAGGGACGAGCUUAAAGUUUCCAUAGCAAAGAAACUUGUACCGGAGUACAGAGAGUUUUACGAGAAGUACUUGCCAACGCUGAGGCAGGAGAGAAACAUAGAGAUGCUGGUUAGGUUUAAGCCUGAUAACUUGGAGAACUACCUCUCAGAUCUGUUCCAUGGAACACCGAUACUAAGUUGCUCUUCUUCUUCUUCAUCUUGUAUCUCACUUGGAUGUGUAAGAAACUAAAGUUCACGGUUAUAGCAAUUUUCUGAAUAGCAUU